AAUGGAUGAAAGCAGGAAGGAGAUUCAGGAUUAUAAGCCUAAGCCACUCUCAGAUACCACCAAACAAGGUGAAAGUGGCCUGAUACCGAUCCUAACCCCUCAAUAUUACUCCACUGAAGAAAAGGUACCAAUUAAGUUUUGGGGUCGCUUUAUCAGUGCUCUCUUUUGAUGAAACACACAGAAGAAUCCUCAUCGAAGAAGGAAAAUAAAAAACCAGGUAUUUGACAAGCACAUGGACCCUAUUAAAAAUCAGGAUAAACUAUUCGAAAAAGAUCGAGAGGUUGAACCUCUUAACUCUCGUAAACCUAUUAUUACUGACUUAAAUCAUAAAUAGAAGCCUCAAAAGUCGUAGGAAUCAAAAACUUCUCAAAGCUAUGAAGGAUUUCGUUGAUAAUGACUGAGCUCCUGAUAAGCAUGAAGAGGAAAAGAAAACUAGUAAAAACUCCACUGCUAGUGCUGAUCCUCAUGUUAUACAAAAUAUGAUGAAAAAGUCCAGAAGUGCAAGUAAUAAUUCCCUUAGCCAAAAUAAGUCUUCUGAUAAACAAGAGAAUUUGACUAGCCUAUCCGAUUUAAGAAACAACUCUAUUAAUGAAGGAAAGGGAUCAAAUCCCAGAGCAAAGACUGAGAAAUCUGUGUCUAAACGAUCAUCUACAAAUGACCAUCAGCAACAAACUAAUUACAGUCCCCUAAUUAAGAAAAUUAAUGAUUCAUCGUCUAAUAGAAAAGAUUCAGAGAAGACUUUCAAAAGUGCGAUACCUAUAGAGAAAAGGAAGUUUAGCAAUAUUGCAACGAGAAAGAAGAUAGGACAAAGGAGCAAAAGUUUUACCAAGCCUAGGAGAAGACAUAAGAAAGAUUGAAAGAAAAAAUCUAACAAAGAAGUUAGCGAUGAUACUAAGAGCAAGUGCAGCAAGCAUUCUAAAUACAGCAAGCACAGUAAACACAGCAAGCACAGUAAACACAGCAAGCAUAGCAAGCACAGUAAACAUAGUAAACACAGGAAUCAUCAUCACCACAAACACCAUAGUGGGAAACAUCAUCACUGAAGUAGAAAGAACGCUUCUAAGAGUUCAUCGCCUAGUUCAAAAUCUGCGACUCAAUCAUCUAAUCCUCGAAAUAUAAGCACUCUUCAAAAACAGAUGACUCUGACUAGGAACUACAACGCUCAGAAUUUGAAGAUGAAGGCUGAGGAGUUAGUCCAGAGAAGAGUUAACAGAGAGAUGAGGAAGCACACUGAAGAUCUUACACUUGAGAAGCUAGUCGCUCAACGAGAAAAAGAAGAAUAUUCCUCAGACACUGACUUAGGAGUCUCUCCUGAUAAUAUUAUUAACAUAAAGAGACUGUAUAGGCAUCAUAAGAAUAGUGUCUCUAAGCGGCUGAAUGAUGAUAGUGAGGAUGGAGCAGUAGGUUCACCGAGCAAAAGUCCUAAGCAUUUCGGAAUCAGUGAUAAUCUUUCCCGGCUCAUGGAUGACAAACGCAGUACUAUCAAAGAGCAGGCUGAGGAUGAAGAGGAGUUUACUGGAAGCAGUUUAAAUAUAUCAGGCAAUCUUCAUUUCAUCCAAAGUAGCAAGAGGUGAAAGAAAAAGGAUUCUGACCCCUGAAGCAAAUCUUCCAAGAAAACUUCACUACGGAAGAACUCAGACAACUUGAAAAUGUCAGAUCAGUCAACACCUAUUGGAAUUUUUGAAAAGCCCAGAAAAUUUACUGAAAAUAUUCUGGAAAAUGCUAAAAAGCAAGCAAAAACCUCUAAGAACAAUAAUGAAAAGUCUACCACUAUAGGAGGUACUUCUGUUGUUACUCCUUUUAUGCAAUCUGUUAAAGAUUCUGGAUUUGGAGAAGUUGCAGUUCCAAUGAUUUCUACCCCAGUUAUGAAAAAGAAACCUAAGAGGGUAUCCAAAGGGAACAUAGAAAGCCCCACUAAGACUUCUCAAAGCAAUAACUUCAUACUGAAGAGCUUAGGGAGUAGACUUGGGGGUGAGAAGCCUGAGAUGCCUGCUCCAUAAUUUAAAAUAUCAACACUACUUCUUAAUUUUUAGCAACCUUGUUGCUGCCUAUUAUUAUUUUAAGAUUCCUUUAAUACAACUUG